CCAGACACCCGCCGAAGAAUAAAAGCUGCCGAACCAGACCCCCCUUGUACAAGUACUUGCAUCAAAUGAGUCCACAUAACUCGCAUUGGAACGAUCAUUACUAAUUGGGGUUUGCAACGGAGCAGAUCCGAUGUCAUUAAUGGCUUGCGGGAGAGCAUUAUCAUUCUCUUGGACUUGGUGUUUCCACUAGGCAGCAAGAGCCUCCACUCAAACCUGCUUGAAUGCAAAACAAACAGUACAUCGAUUUUUCCAGAUGCGCCAAAGAAGGAAAAUAACCUGCAAUAGGAGGUAAUCCAAAUCUGUCCCUCUUCCUUGAAUAAUGAGAAUCGAAGGAAUCCAAUAAAAGAUCCCUUGUUCCAACGACCCAAGUGCCGAUGCAUACCCAUCAUCCUCCAUAAUCUUCUUGCAGUCGGACACCUGCAAAAUAAGUGUUCGUUAGUUUCUUCUUUCCGAACACAAACAAGGAAAAUAGGAAUGAUGUCCAUCCCUCACGUUACUAAUGUUAGCGGAUUAUGAAGGCCAAUUUAUUGUCUUCAUUUUAUUGUACAUUUGUAGUCCAUGUAUUAGCCCUUUAUUGUAACCCAUGAAGCCCAUGCAAGGGUCACUCACGUGUUGAUUGAGAGUGUGCCCUAGGGUUCGGUUUUUCAGCUUCUUCCUCUUCGUAUUUAAGGACUGAGGUAUGCGGUGAUGGCUGUACAAAAAACAUAAGAAUAACAUCAAUAGCUCGAAGGGUUUUCACUCUUCCGUGGAUUAGUCCUGGAUAUUCCAGGGAUACCACAUAAAUCGGUUGUCUGUCUCGUGAUUCUCAUUUUCAAUUAUGUCUAGAUCAUCUGUCAAAUCUCGUUAAACUAUCAUGGUAUUAGAGCUGCUCUCGCCAAUGGACCCUGAGAGGCCUCCUGUUCGACUGACAUCAACAAACUUCGCUCUCUAGGAAUUCCAAUUCCGUAUUUUCGUUGAAGGACGCGGCCUUCUGAAUAUUCUUGAUCGAACACGUCCUUGACCUCUUCCUGCUACCUCUAAUCAAGAAAUCACUCAAUGGAAUCAGAGUGAUACUCGGGUUCGGUCUUGGUUAUUGGGAUCUGUUGAUCACUCCACAUGUCUAAGCCUCCGCCUCUUCUCGAUUGCUAACGCGAAGUGGCGACAUCUGGCCGCGAUGUUUUCUAUAGUCAACAUCGCCCGAUAGUUUGAACUACAACUCUCCUUGGCUCGCAUGGAGCAAGGAGAUCGGACUAUCACCAGAUACUACAAAGCCGCCUAGGAACUAUGGACGAAACAAAAUAUUUUGGCUGCAGCUCUUCAUCCCCAGCCUAUCUCUGCAAAUGCGAUCAAGGAGCGCUAGCAAACCCGGUUGCUCAAUUUUCUUAUGCGCCUAUGGCCAGAGUUUGAGGUCGUUCGAUCAACGUUGCUGAAUAAGGAGGAUUUUCAUUUUGAAGGCCUGCUGUCUCAUUUGGUGCGUGAGGAGACCAGGAUACGUACUCAGGCCAAUCUAGAUAUUCGCCCUGACAUUGGCGAAACUGUGUUAACUGUCGCGGGACAAGAGUCCGCCUUCUCAGUAAAUCAUCGCUCAUUUAAUAAUCGUUUUGUUGCUACUGAUAUUGAAUGCCACUUUUGUCAUGAGAGUGGGUCACCCUAAGAAGCAUUGUCAAGGUGGAAUUAUUGCAUUUAUUGUAAAAGAACUGGACAUAUUAUCCUAGAGUGUCAAACUUGGCAACGUAAUGAUGCUUGAGCUGUUGGGGGUUUCGGCGGACCAAUUUCCAUUCCUUCUGAUCGCUCCUCUGGUGAGCCACCGGGAAGGAAUUAUCCUCCACGCUCAGCACAUCCCAAUGUUGGUGACCGACCAAUUCAUUCUGCCACUCCCUCAACAGGUUCGAUGGAAGCCAACAACAGUAGCAGUGGUGGUGGAUUAUCGGCAGCUGAUGUGGAAAAUAUGGUAAACGCAGAUCUCCAACGGUCUUUACUUACUUCUAUUAGUGCUGCUUUAGCUACGCUUGACAGCUCAGGUAACAAUUCGCCAUGGCUACUUGACUCAGCAUGCUUUAACCAUAUGGCCAGUACUUCAGAAAAUUUGUGUGACCUUAUUCCGGUUAAAGAUAUGUCGUUAAGUGUAGCUAAUGGUGACAGGUUACAAGUUCAAGCAGUGGGAUUGAUGCGUAAACCUGAUCUUAUUUUACCUCACACUUUCCAAGUCCCUAAUUUCGUGCUGAAUUUUGUGUCGGUAGGACAACUUACUGAACAAGGGUGUUCUGUUUUAUUUGCACCAUCUGGAUGCUCUAUAUAGGAUUUGAAGACGGGUAGCCAGAUCGGAAUGAGGAGUAAAUGACAAAGAGUAUUUCAUUUGGACGAGCUUCGUGGGAAUCCAGUGUCAUCAUCAGAUAGCAAUCCGUGUGUCACUAGUCAUUUUUCAACUUUGUCAAAAACUAUUUCAUGUGGUCCGACUUUGCAUGUUACCUUUUCAACCUUGUCGAAUAAUUUUUUGGGAUUUAUGGCACUCUAGAUUAGGCCACCCUCAUUCUGGUCACCUUGUAACGAUGUUUCGACGAUCUUUACUUGGUAAAAAUCAUGUCAAUCUUUCUGCUCCUCAUUCCUAUACUAGCUGUGUUGAAGCCAAAACAAUUAGCUCUUCAUAUCCCUCAAGUACGACUAUUAUCACUGAACCAUUCCAUAUUAUUCACACCGAUCCCUGGGACCUUCUCCUAAACCCUCUCGACGUGGAGGUCAUUAUUUUGCUUUAUUCAUUGAUCAUGCCACUCGUUUAACUUGGGUUUAUUUUCUUCGUCUCAAAUCUGAACUUAAAUCGGUGGCACUAAGUUUUUGAAAACGAUCCAAAACCAGUUUAGUCGUUCUAUUAAGAUUGUUAGAUCAGAUCCCGGUGGAGAAUUUAGUUCUUUUCUCUUAUAUGAGGUAUAUCAUUCUCUUGGUAUUCUAACUCAGCAGUCUUGUCCUGGUGUCUCUUAGCAAAACACUUUAGUGGAACGGAAAAAUCGUCAUGUCAUGGAUUUAACUCGUGCCCUUCUUUUAGCGUCCCAUGUUCCUGGUCGUUUUGGCUAGAGGCAGUUGCCUCUGCAGUUCAUCUCAUCAACUAUCAAUUACACCUGUCUUACGUGAUACUAGCCCUUUUUUGCUCUUUACUCCCGUCAUCCUGACUAUUCUCGUCUCCGAGUUUUUAGUUGUCUGUGCUUUUUUCUUCUUCCCAAACGGGAAUGUACGAAGUUGACUUCGAAGACUGCUCGUUGUGCUUUCUUAGGGUAUAGUGUAACACUCUGACCUUUGGGUUCAGGUUCGACCAAAAUGUGUGAACGCUGGGUUAACGGUUACGUACAAAGGGUUGCAACCGCGGAUUAUGAAUAAUAAUAAUAAUAAUAAUAAUAAUAAUAAUAAUAAUAAUAAUAAUAAUAAUAAUAACUAUAUUAUCAC